AUGUCGGAUAAGGUAACACCAGUUGUAAAUGAAAACGGUUCCGAUGACGAAAAAGAAGAAGAACAAGAAACAAAUACAAAUCAAAAGAAAGAGGAUGCCAAAGUUGAAAAAGAACUAGAUCGUGUCACUGAUCGGGUUGAUGACGAAGAAAUCGGCGCAGAAAAUAUCGGCAACGCCUUAUCAGCCAUCAAUGACAAACGCCAUCGUGAUGAAUCGAAACGUAAAGCGGAACAAGCUGCAUUAGCGAAUGUGAAAAUUCGUAAGGAAGACGUGGACUUCAUUGUGCAAGAAUUGGAAUUACCGCGUUCGAAAGCGGAGAAAACUUUACGGCAACAUCACGGCGAUGUUCUUGCAACCUUGAAAGCACUUGUGAAUGCUUAA